AUGUAUGAAGCCUUUCCUGAUCUGGUGGAAUACCUGCCCCUGAACGGAGAACUCGUGCUGGCAUCUGGUGCAGGAUUUGCAGCUUUCGAUGGCAGCUGGGAUCCAGGCUGUGAUUCAGGUGCAACAGUGAGGUUUGCUGAUGCCGAACACCAUGCGUGGUUUGACCCCAUGCUAUGGCAGGCCGUGCUCCCCAGUGGGGAGCUUGAACCAGGCAGGCGCAUCUUUUCUGUGGAUGAGGAAAACGUCCCGUGCCGCUACGAUGAUGUUAUCUUCCAGCCUGAAACCUCCUUCCGGGUAAACGUCGACUCAUCGCGGCGAGUGAUUCAUCUCCGCAGCAUCUCUCUCAUGGGCCAGGAGCUCAGCAGCCCCGAGGCCUGGGCCGGGUACCUGCGGGGUCCCUCCGCCCCGCUGCAGUUUCAUGGCAAUGGCACUCUGCAGGUGACAGGCACCGGCUGUCCCGACAAGUCUGGCUGUGCCUGCGGGAACGCCCUGGAUGGCCACCGCAUCUGCAUGGCCCUGCUCGGGGCAUCAGGGAGGCAGUGCCCAACACCAGCAUGCCGGAGCCCUUUGCAACCCCUGGGCCACUGCUGCAAGGUCUGCGGAGCCAUGAUUAACCUGGAUUUUACUCCUGAUUUUGACCUGCAGAAGUACCGGGACAGACUGGUCCAAACCUUGCUGAGCCAGUACGCUGGUGUGCGGAUGGCCAUAUCCAAGGUGCACAAAGAACAGACCUUCCUGGGAGUCAUACCCCGAAGCUCUACUCCUCUCAUCCAAAUUGUGCUGAUCGAUGACGAGGUGGGAGCGCAGACCGGCACCACUGCGGAGCAGAUGGCUGCAGACGUCAUGGAGGACAUAGCACAGCACGGUGAAGCACUUGGCAUUUCAAGUGGCAAAAUGGAGGUGGCCACCGGCAGCACUUUCAGCAGGCCAGCAGGGAGCCACGCAUUGAGCAGGAUCACAGCGGGGACGGUCUUGGGGCUACUCUUCGGUCUCCUGUUGCUUGGAGGGAUCCUCUUUCUCUACAGAAAGGGAAAGCUAAGGCUGCCUGCCCUGCGCCUCCCCCGGCCUUGGGACAGAGCAGAGGACCCGGUGUCCCUUGGGCCAGCCAGUGACAAAGGCUUCGACAACCCCAUGUUCGCUGUGGAGCCGCCAAGUAUUGACACUGGGGAGGACAGGCUGCAGGACAUGGCUCCCAAAGACCAUCAGGUGUUCUACCUCAACCCUCUGUAUGAUGCAAGCGAGACGGAGACCUGA